UUCUUUUCUUGCCACCUUUGGUUGCUCCUGCCAGCUCUAUAAAUAGAUUCAGGAGCUCGUUUGCUUCUUGCCUCCAAGAGCUACCCGGAUAGCUUAACAAACCUCCAUAUUCUUGCAUACAGCAAGAGUCUCUGCUUCCUAGUCAAUUGAUCUCCAACCUCCGCCAUGCCGACAAAUAUGAUCUCCAAGGUACUUGAGAAGGUUGUCCUUCCACCCGAUGUUGCACCUCGUGUGAAGGCGGGAGCAGCUUCUCGGACGAGCGUGCUUCGUAACCCGAACAUGCAGAAGCUUCAGAAAGGGUACUUAUUCCCGGAGAUCAACAGGAAACGCGAAGCGCACCAGAAGAAGUACCCAGAAGCGAAGGUCAUCAGCCUGGGCAUCGGUGACACGACCGAACCCAUACCGCGCAUCAUCACGUCAGCUAUGGCUGAGUACGCACUUGCGUUAUCAACUCCUGAAGGCUACCAAGGCUACGGCCCGGAGCCAGGGCAGAAGACUCUGAGGAAGGCCAUUGCUGAAAAAGUGUACCCAAACAUGGGGAUAAGAGACACUGAAGUGUUCAUCUCGGACGGCGCACAGUGCGACAUCGCGCGACUCCAGAUGCUGUUCGGGCGAGACGUGACCAUUGCCGUCCAGGAUCCCACCUUCCCGGGUUACGUGGACAACGGCGUGAUCAUGGGGCAAACGGGGGACGCGGACGAGUCCGGACGCUACGGCAGGAUCGAGUACAUGCGCUGCGCGCCGGAGAACGCCUUCUUCCCGGACCUGUCCCUCGUCCCCCGGACGGACGUCAUCUUCUUCUGCUCCCCGAACAACCCGACGGGCCACGUGGCGUCGCGCGAGCAGCUGCAGCAGCUGGUGGACUUCGCGCGCCGGAACGGCUCCAUCGUGGUGUUCGACACGGCCUACGCGGCCUACGUGUCCGAAUCCAGCCCAAGCCCACGGUCCAUCUACGAGAUCCCGGGGUCCCGCGAGGUUGCCAUCGAGAUCUCCUCCUUCUCCAAGUCCGCGGGCUUCACGGGGGUGCGGCUGGGCUGGGCCGUGGUGCCCGACGAGCUGCUCUACGCCGACGGCUCCCACGUGGCGCCCGACUUCGACCGCAUCGUCUGCACCUGCUUCAAUGGGGCCUCGAGCCUGGCCCAGGUCGGCGGGCUGGCCUGCAUUGGGUCCGAGGAAGGCGCCGAGGCGGUGAGGAAAGUGGUGAGGGUUUACAAGGAGAAUGCGAGGCUGCUGGUGGAGACGUUUGAGUCGUUGGGGAAGGAGGUGUAUGGGGGCGUGGAUUCGCCCUAUGUUUGGGUGAGGUUCCCUGGGCGCCGGUCGUGGGAGGUGUUUGGAGAGAUUUUGGAGAAGACGCAUGUUAUCACGGUGCCGGGGUCUGGGUUUGGGCCUGGUGGGGAAGGGUUUGUUCGGGUCAGCGGGUUUAACAACAGGGACAGGGUCGUCGAAGCCUGCGCCAGGCUCAGGAACUUCCUCGCCUAGAUUUCCUGCUGGUGCUAGUACUUCCUCCUCACACACCAUAUGAUUCCUACUUGUAUCCACGUAUGCUGCGCGCAGGCAAUUCAUCAUCCAUGUAUGCUCACUCAUACCUCAAUUUGGAACAAUAAUAAUGGACACAACGAUGUCAGUUACCUUGUUAAUCCAAAAGGUUGUACCCCAA